GUCCAUCUUCUACUGUGUUCUGGAGCAGCCAUGAAGUCCCUGGUUCUGCUCCUUUGUUUAGCUCAGCUCUGGGGCUGCCAAUCAGCUCCACACAUUACAGGGAUGAGUUUUAAAGAAGUGGCUUGUGACGACCCAGAAGUGGAACAAGUAGCUUUGGUUGCCGUGGACUACCUCAAUCAACAUCUCCUUCAUGGAUUCAAGCACAUCUUGAAUCAGAUUGACAAAGUCAAGAUGUGGAAUCGGCGGCCCUUCGGAGUGGUGUAUGAGUUGGAGAUAGACACCCUGGAGACCACCUGCCAUGUUCUGGACCCCACUCCCCUGGCCAACUGUUCUGUGAGGCAGCUGACCGAGCAUGCGGUGGAGGGAGACUGUGACUUCCACGUUCUGAAACAAGAUGGCCAGUUCACAGUGAUGCACAGCCAGUGCCAUUCCAAUCCAGACUCUGCAGAGGAUGUGCAUAAGGUGUGCCCAAGUUGUGCAAUCCUGAUUCCAUUCAAUGACACCAGUGUGGUGCACACCGUCAAAGCAGCCCUGGAUGCCUUCAAUGCACAGAAUAAUGGAACCUAUUUUAAAUUGGUGGAGAUUUCCAGAGCUCAAAAUGUGCCUCUCCCAGUUUCUACUUUUGUGGAGUUUGUGGUAGCUGCUACUGACUGUACUGCUCAAGAGGUUACAGAUCCAGCCAAAUGCAACCUGCUGGCAGAAAAGCAAUAUGGCUUCUGCAAGGCAAGUCUUGUCCAAAGGCUCGGUGGCGAAGAGGUUUCAGUGGCCUGCAAAGUUUUCCAAAAACAGCCCCAGCCAGCCAGUGUCAACACAGCAGGCCCUGCACCUGCAGGGGACCAAACCGAGACUGCAGCCCUACCAGCUGCCCCACCAGCAUCUUUGGUGGUAGGACCUAUGGUGGUGGCAGUUCCUCCAGGACCUCCAGCCCACCGAACCCACCAUGACCUGCGCCAUGCCUUCUCACCUGUGGCCUCAGUGGAAUCAGCCUCAGGAGAAGCUGUUGGUUCACCUAAGGUGGUCCAGCCUGGCACUGUGGGUGCUGCUGGUCCAGUGGCCCCCCUGUGCCCAGGCAGGAGACACUUCAAGAUCUAGGCUAGACUUGAAGUG